GCACUCUUUCUAAUCCGCUUGCCUUGCUUGUUUGACGGGACAGAACCUUCCUCUUGCUCAAGCACCAUGGCUCUCUCUGUCCACACUGGCUCUUCCCGGCAGCUCUCCUCGUACAGUGUUGGUGGCGGGGGCGGCGGGGGGUCUGUCAGACUGUCUAGCGGCAUAGGGUUUAGCGGUGGCUCCAAAUUUGCCGGAGGUUACUCAGCAGGUGGUUACGGAGGAGGUGGUUACGGAGGAGGAAGCCUGAGUGGAGGGUAUGGAAUGGGCUUGGGUGCAGGUCUGGGUGGUGGGUACGGAGGGGGCUUGGGUGGCGGUUUCGGGGGCAGCCUUGGCGGCGGCGGCGGUGGCUUUUCGACCGGCUUUGUGAGCAGCAUGGGCGGCAUGGGCGGCGGCUUUGGGGGAGGGGAUGGGGGUCUCCUGAGUGGGGAUGAGAAGCAGACCAUGCAGAAUCUCAACGACCGCCUGGCGAACUACCUGGGCAAAGUCCACGCUCUGGAGGAGGCCAACACAGAGCUUGAGCGCAAGAUCAAGGAAUGGUACGCAAAGUACAGCACUCCGGACACCAGCCGAGACUACAGCAAAUAUUUUAGCAUCAUCGAAGAUCUUCGGAACCAAGUAAGUGAUCGGGGCACUUAUGCAAAGUUUGGUCCACUGAGAACAACUUUCUGUGUUCCAUAAUUAAGUUCGAAUUUAUUGCGCUUUGGAAUACCUAACAGCCAGUUCGUAAAUGUUUCAACAGCCCCUGAGUGUUCAGAAUAUAGGAAAAUAGAAAGCUGCCUUAUAAUGAUUUCAUCCAUUGACCUCAGCAUUGUCUACACUGGCUGGCAGCAGCUUUCCAGGUUUUUAGCCAGAGAACAUUCCCAGCAGCCCUACCUGGAGAUGCAGGGAAUUGAACCUGGGACUGUCUGCAUGCAGAGCAGAUUGCUCUACCCACUGAGCUAUGGCUCCUCCCCAUUCAGUCUCAGAGGGAGCAUAGUCUGCAAUAUUUCUCAUAGUCUGCAAUAUUUCAUUGGUGAAUUUUCCCCCUUAGGCAUCUGAACGUUACAUGUGCUUUACUGGCAAGAUCUUAAUACCCUUCUCGGCAGAGCCUUGAUCUCUGGAUAUGCGUCACUGUCCACACCCCUCCUAUCACGUAAUUAAAUUUGCAAAGAAAUUAAGCGAGUAGUAACCGAUUAUCAUGAAAUUCAUCAGCAUCUUUGUGCGGAUUUUGCCUAAUAUACACUUCCCUACAAAAUGAUUUCCCCUGAUAUAAUGCAUUUCUACGUGAUUUUAACGAAUGUGUGCAUUUUUCAUCAUGCUUUUCCCUACUCUAUGCAUUUUCGUGCACAUCACAUGGCUGGAGAACCGCACUGAAAAAUUCAAUUAAGUGCAAAGUUUGAAGGACGGCUGUGUUUCAGUUUGCAUCCUGCCUUGGAAAGUGCAAAUUUGGUGGAUUUGCCUUUAAAUGUGGACUCAGUCCAGUUUCUUCCCCCAUCCCUAAAAAGGGGGAAAUGGCAGAAUGCAUCAAAUUACACAUGAUGAAUUGAAAGUGGAUAGGAAGACUUCCCCCCUCCACCAUCACCACUUUUAUAAUACCAGGACCUGGAAGCUGAAUGGUGAGGGAUUCAGGAACAGAGAAAGAAUUCCUCUGUACAACACACUGCUAAAGAACAGGAUUUGCUAUCGCAAUAUGUGGCAAGUGUUGCUGACGGGGAUGGUAUUAAAUAGGGGUUGGAGAAAUUCAUGGAGAAUAAGGCUAUCAAUGGUGAAUUUUCAUGAAAGGUCUAUAGUCAUUGCCUGUACUUGCAAAGGCUGUGUGCCUCUGUGUGUUGGUAUCUGGGGUAGGGAGAGUGUUGUUGCUCUCAUGUCCCGCUAUUGGGCUUCCAGAGGCAGCUGGAUAACCACUGUAGGAACAGAAGACUAAACUAGAUGAGUCUUUGGUCUCAUCCCACAGGACUAUUGUUGCAUUCUUCAGGUUACCUUUUGUGACUCCUCUUCCUUCUCCUCCCAAUUUCCUUUCUAAAAAUGGUUUGAAAAGAAAUGUCUGUGCCACUCCACUCUAUGACCUUGGUGUAAAGUGUCCAAGAAGAGGAACUAGGGAUGGUGGUGAUGUUUGGUUGUUUUCCCUAAAAAGUACUGCAGCUAUCUUUCCUGUGUGUUCCUUACAGAUUGUUAGACACACCAUUGAGAAUGCUGGGGUCGUUCUGCAAAUCGACAAUGCUCGGCUGGCUGCUGAUGAUUUCAAACUUAAGUAAGCAUCAAAUUCUGGGCAAGGGAAAGGAAGGAAACAGAAACACCAGCACCUCUGUUGUACACCUUGCUCCUGCCUCAUUCCCAGCUUUUUGAAGGCCAGCAGGAAGCAAGAAACCAUAAAUUGCCACAAUUCUGAAAUCUCAUUCUUACGUUAUCUUUGAAGGUAUGAGAACGAAUUGUUCCUGCACCAGAGUGUGGAGAGCGACAUCAAUGGCCUGAGGAGAGUCCUGGAUGACUUGACCAUGACUAGGUCCGACCUCGAGUUGCAGAUCGAAGGCUUGAAUGAGGAGCUUGCCUACCUCAAGAAGAAUCAUGAAGAGGUAGAUAGAAACAUGCCUCUUAAACUGCUGUGCCGCAUGGUAGCAAGAAGGAGAGAUGCACUUUUAGCCUUGGAUAGGGGUGUAAGAAGGCAUCAUUCCCAAUUCCACCUUGCAUUUGUCGCACACAGCACUGUUUCCUUUCUGCUGCAGUUCAUCUUCCACCCCAAACUACAUUAUUCAUCUCCUGAUCCACCAUGGCGGGAUUAUUAAUGGACAUAAAUUGCAUUGUCAUUGUGUUAUCCCACCAUGUUCAUUUCAAUGCAAAGGAAAAACUAUGCAAAUUGGGCGUAAUCAAUUCCAUAUGAUAGAUGGAUUUCCAACAAGUAAGAGAACAUUGGCCAUUUACACUCCCAGUUCUGUUUUCAUUGGAAUUCUCUGACACCCCAACCCUGGAAGCAAAUAGUUUUAGCCUCACCAAGUCAUAUGGGAGAAACAGGGCUGACAACGCAUAUCUCACUCAACCCAGGCAUGAUGUGUGGGGCAGAUCAGUGGCGAAAGGAAAACAGAGAGACAGAGCAAGAAGCUGUUCAUCUAAAGGGAAGAAGGAUGCCUUCUUAUUUUGAAAUCUUGCUUUUAGAGAAACUGCACUGUAUUAUUAGUGAAGAUGGCAAAAUAACAUUAAAAUAAACAAAUGCAUUGCUUCGAAGUGGUUAGAAAUAUAUGCAGUGCUGACCGGAUUUACCAAAGGGAGUUGGGGAAAGGCUCUCCUAAUAUUUAUAUUUUUAAGACAAGGAAAAUUCCAAAAUCUCAGGUGCAUCUGCCACCUAGCGGUCAAAUGAGCUCACACUGAGACAGAGACAAUUCAGAAUGCAUUAAAAGUGGUCUCAGACUGCUACCAUAUGGGAAAGUUUGUUUGCUUUCAGGGUAUGGCUGCCAUGCGUCCAGGUUUUCCCAGACACAUCUGGGAAUUGGACUGUCAAAAUGGUGUCUGGGUGGAUUUUUGCCAAAUUGGCAAAAUAUCCAGGAAAACCCGAACGUAUGGCAACUAGGGUGAUUUUUUAAGAAAAAUGCUUUAAAAAUCCAAAAAUUUUACAUGUUCCCCCCAAAAGCUCAACUUUUGGGAAUAUGUCAACCCUACUUUCAGAGCCAGCCCUACAGUUAGGCAGAGUGAGGCAACUUGUGGGGUGAAUAGCAGCAGCGUCCCUACCCCUGUUGUUCCUCUGAGCCAUUCACCUCUGUUAGAUGGCAGAGCUGUGGAUGCACAUGACCUGUUCUGCUAAACUAGCCUGCUGCCUCCACUGUGGUGGAGGAUACUAUUCCGUCACCAGGGAUUGUUGCCUUUUCAUGGUCUGGCUCAUGCUACAUGCUGCUAAAAACCCACUGGGCUUCUCUUGCAGGAACUGAUGAGCUUCCGAGGGGUAACCAGCGGAGACGUCAAUGUCGAAAUGGACGCCGCUCCCGGAAUUGACCUGACCAAGCUACUGAACGAGAUGAGAUCCCAGUAUGAGGAGCUCGCGGACAAGAACAGGAGAGAGGCAGAAGAGCAGUUCAACAAGCAGGCAAGGAUGGUUCUGAACUCCGCCUAAAACCUUAGGCGAUGGCCCGGUUAUCGAGCCCACUUAAUACUUCUUCUCCUUGGUCCUCCAGGUUGGAGCUCUGAGGCAGGAGAUAUCGGCCAACGUGGACCAGCUGAGCACGGGCAAGAGUGAAGUUACAGAUCUGAGGCGCACGCUGCAAGGCCUGGAACUGGAACUGCAGGCUCAGCUUGCCAUGGUAAGUGGAUCACAGCAGCAGGAGGAGUUCUUUCAGAGGGUUUGUGCUACAGCUGUGUACAUUAAGCUGCUUUCAAGAUCUCUCCCGUGGUAAGGAGGUAAGUCAUAGGAUCAUAGAGUUGGAAGGGACCCAAAGAGUCCAUGGAUGUACCUACACUCCCCCCUCCUAGAACACAGCAGUACAUUAUAAUGCUCAGUUUACUGGAGUCGCUUGAUAGGCACAGAAUAGAUGCCCAAAGAAUGAUUUCAACUUGAACUGCAACAAAACUGAACUGCAAGCUUUCGCUUUCCGUUAGAAACGCAAGCAAUCCUGCAAAAAGCGUCAUCGUUUGCGGGAAUUCGGAAUCCCAUCUAAGAGAAGAAGCAGUCGGACUCUUUUCCUCAUCCAUCUAUAUGCUACUAUUAUCCAGACUCUCAUUAUCACUUUGCAAGGGGGUGGAGCCUAUAAAUUUUCAUGGCAUUCCAGCGAGUGACAUUAUCGCUCCUGCUGGGGGUGGGGGGAGUCCCAAAGCUGCAUUCCCCCUGUUUUCCCCAUCCACCGCACCUCUGAAAUAUUGUGUUGUGUUCUUUAGAACCGGGCGUGCCAAUUCCCAUGUAGUGAGAGACGCCACCGUUUGGCACCGUAGCUUGUUUUGCAAGCCUUCCGGCAAAUACUGGAAUGGUAUUUCAGCACUCCUGCUGAGCUGAUCCAUAUAUUGAGCCAUCCCAAAGCAAUAAUGAGCCAUCAUCAUGUCAACAUGUGUAGGAGGAAAAGGAGAACGUUCGUCAGAGAAGUCACCUGGCUCAGAAUGCUGCAGCACAGUUGCCAACAGCAGAAGAGUUUGAACCUGAUAUCCCGCAUUUCACUCCCCUUAAGGAGUCUCAAAGCAGCUAACAAUCUCCUUUCCCUUCCCUCCCCCACAACAAACACUGUGUGAGGUGAGUGAGGCUGAGAGACUUCAGAGAAGUGUGACUAGCCCAAGGUCACCCAGCAGCUGCAUGUGGAGGAGCGGGGAAGCGAAUCCAGUUCACCAGAUUACGAGUCCACCACUCUUAACCACUACACCGCACUGGCUCUCAGCAGGGAGACCCUGUCUGCAUAGUGACGCCUCUGCUCAGAGGUCUGGACUGGUUGUCCAUCUGCUACCUGGCCAAGUUCAAGGUUUUAGCCCUUAGCAGCAUAUAUGCCCACUCAGUCGCUUCAAUCUGCAGAACUGACACGGUUACAGGUGCCACAUAUAAUACCCAUUCCACAGUGGUAAGAAAUUGAUCUUUUAGUGUGGAACUUUGGAACUCCCUGCCUAUUGACGCCAGACAGGUGUCUUCUCUGUAUUCUUUCUGUGACUAUGCUUAGGCAAAGCUAUCCAGACAUGUAGAAGUUACAUGUGUUUUAUCUCUGUCUAGCUGUUGUUGGUUUCAAACAACUUUUAAAAGUUUUAAAAUACUUGGGGGGGGGUUAGCAGUUUUUAUCAAGAAUUUCAAUGUUUUAUUUCAUCUUUUUGUAAGCCACUUAGAUGUUUUCUUGCCAUUGCAUUUGGGGUGCUUUGCGCAAUGUCUGCAGGAAAUGUAAUCUAGAUGCAAGAAGGGGGGGCACAUAAUUUGGGUUAUGUCUGCAGUUUACUUAGAAUUCCAUCCUAUACCCAUUUAUGUGAGAAUAAGCCCCAUUGAACCUAAUGGGAUCUACCUCUGAGCAAAUGUGUCUGGGGUUGCUGUGUUAGUCUUAUAAAUCUGCUGGCCUGUGUUAAAAAGAUACAGAAGCACAAAGCAAACAGUGUGGUGUAGUGGUUAAGAGCGGUAGACUUGUAAUCUGGUGAACUGGGUUUGCUUCCCCGCUCCUCCACAUGCAGCUGCUGGGUGACCUUGGGCUAGUCACACUUCUCUGACGUCUCUCAGCCCCACUCACCUCACAGAGUGUUUGUUGUGGGGGAGGAAGGGAAAGGAAAAUGUUAGCCACUUUGAGACUCCUUAGGGUAGUGAUAAAGAGAGAUAUCAAAUCCAAACUCUUCUUCUUCUCUUGGCUUUUGAAUCAUUCCAAAGAAGCAGAGUUCUCACAGGGCUGUUUCAAGUGGAAGUCACUGUGUGAGUGGAAGGACUUCCGUUUGCACAACAGAACUUCCCCUCCCUUUCCUCGCCAUAUUUUCACCCUGCACAUCCUCCCAAUCUGUUCUGGGGGUGUCCCCAACCCUCCAGAGCAGAGUUUGCAGGGGGGCAAUGCAGGAGAAGAGAUAGCAGAAAUUCCACCACACAAACAGACGUCAUUCCGCUUCCCCAAUGACUUUGGUGGAUAUAACAUUAUGCUAUUUAUUGGAUUCAACCCAUUUAUUGGAUUCAAACACAUGGGAGUGUUUAGAAUAAUCAUUUUCUUUACUGGAACUUCAUCUCUGUUAAUUCUGCUGCAUUUUUAUGCCCUUUUCUUUCUUCCUUCCUCUGCACCUUCGGAACAGAAACAAUCCCUGGAAGGCACUUUGGCGGAAACAGAACGAAAUUACUGCGACCAGCUUGCGCAAUUACAGGGUCAGAUUGCUGGCUUAGAGGAACAGCUUCUGCAGAUUCGGGCUGAGAUGGAGAACCAGAAUGCAGAAUACCAGCAGCUGUUAGGCAUCAAGACACGCCUGGAGAAGGAGAUAGAGACCUACCGCCGCCUACUGGACGGAGAAGGGGGGUAAGCGUUAGACAUGACAGAUAGCCAGAUCUGACUCAGAACCAAUUAUGAGGCCCUGUAGAUCUGACCAAAGGACAGUAGCUUCACAAUAGCAAUUUGCAUAAUAUGGAUGCAUUCACUUCUACUGUACUGAAUGGGAAACCUGCCAUUUGUUAAAUUAGACCAGAUUGCACUUGUAUUUAGAAAGCUUGCAGAGCUGGAGGUGAUUCUAAAUAUCUGCCUGUGCAAAAUGCAGAGGAAGACCUACGUUGGUCAAAAUUCGCACACCGACUUUCCAUAUUUGGUAGAAUCAAUGUGCGGGGUUGGAAUCUGGAUCGCACCUACUGGCCCCACCCUUCAAGCUCCAUGAGUUGAAUGGGAGGGCUGGUCUGCACAGAACCCACAUACACAGUGCAUUGAAGACAGUGCCAGCCCAUUCCAAUCCUCCCUCCACGUACUGAUUCUCAUCUGCUUAGGGCUAUAAAAAGAAAUGAUCUCCAUUACGCAUCUGAGCUGAUUAUAGAAGCCAACUCCUAGGAGUCAAGGUCCCUUCACGGCCCCCCUAAAAUAUUCGAGGGGCCACCAAAUUGAUGGGUAUUGCCAUUCAAAUGGUGUGUGCCCCCCACAUAUCAUGAUUGAUUAUGCAGGACGGGACUCUCCUGCCCCCCCCCAUAUUUUAUUCAAGUUGGCACCCCUGGAGCUGAUUAUCAUCACAUUAUAUUAUCUGACUGUAAUAAAUUGGUGGUCAUGUUUACAUUCUCUCUGAAAAAUGAUGCACAGUAUACCACUAAAAAAAACUUACAUUUUUUUCCUUGACAGUGGUUUUGGGUCUUACGGAUCUUCGAGCCACAGUAGUUCUAUGAGUUACGGAGGCUCUGGCAAAGGUAAUGACAGAUAUCUUUAUAUACAUUAAAAAUGCACAGCUGAAGAUCUGACUGCAAACUUCUCACCGAUGCAUAAAAGCACCCCCUCUUUCCCUGCCCGUUUCCCCCCUUGUGUCCCAAAUUUCCUUGCCUGACUCUUUCCCACAUUUCAACAAUACAUCGCCUCUCUUAGUCCCCCAAACUAUGCAAGGCUUUUCCAGUUCGCUCUUAGCAAAGCAGGUGAACUACAGCCCUUUCUUGUGGGUCCAUCUUUUCUUCAACUCUGUGUCCACAGCCCAAGCCAAUGUCACAUGGGGGACAUCUAUGGUCAGCAGUAACCAUAGACCACAAUGGCAAAACAUGUGGCUGUCAGGGAGGGCCAUGCAACCUGGGUGUAGCAGGAGGGAGGUGGCCACAGGCAUAGCCCCACUUCCCUGUUGAUGUGUGACAGUGUCCAUCAGUUACCUAGUCUUGGAGCCUCCCUGCUGACGCCAAUGUUGCUGCCGCUUACCUAGAUGGGGUUCAGGCAGUGCAAAAGCUAGUUCAGGGCUGCAUUGUUCCGAUCUGGUGCUCCUACAGGUGUGUCCACGUGGCUUCAACCACACAGCCCAACCCUGCUCCAUCCCUCCAUGUAAGCUGCAGUGACACCGGUGGCAGGAGGUCAACUUCCCCCCACCAAGAGCCUGCAAGGAGAAAGACAGUUGUGGAGAAGCAAUUUGGGGAACAGAAAAUGGGUGGGUAGGGAAGGUCGUCUUGCACCUCAAAUUCACUCCCAUCAACCCACAUUCUAGGGAAUUGGCAGCAACCCAGUUUUCCCAGUUGAGGAUGCAAAGUCAGGCCCUAUCUUGGGUGCUUGAUGAUUAUCUGCUUGUAUAAAAAUAGGAGCGUGAAAAGCAAUCAUGCAAAGCACGUCAAGGACCUGCUAUGAAGCCUUGUUCAAACACUAUGUUUUAAUUUUGCUUUCUUUCUUUAAAAAAAAAAAAUCCAGAGUCGACAAAAACAAGAAUGGUUAAGACGAUUGUGGAAGAAAUGGUUGAUGGCAGAGUCGUUUCGUCCCAGGUCAAAUCAGUCGAAGAGAAGCCAACUAAAUAACCAUCAAGAAUCCCUUUUUCCCAUGUCAUGGCAGAGCAGCAAGAAAGGAAGCCUUCAAGAGAAAUCAUUUCUUCUUUAGAAAAGCCUCUUUCUAGAAGUCCCUCACUUCUUUCCUCUCUUUUUUAAAACAAGUCAUCAAAGCGCAUUCUGAAAUCUUGAUUUCUUUUAGCUGUGGUAGUUCAAUAAACCUUUUUUUACUGUUUGCAUACC